ACGGUACUAAGAAAGAAGAGUGUGGAGAAGAGGUUAAAUUAGAGGAUUCUAUCUGAUCCACCCACCAGCAAGAACAAGAAGGGGCACCGGCUGAGAGAGAGAGAGAGAGGGCGGCCUUAAUUUCGCACAUUCGUAGCUUUCAUCGCCUUCAAAUUCCAAUCCGAACGCCCCUAAAAAUGCGCAGUCUUGAUUUAGGAGGAUUGCAAUAUCUGCGUGCGUGAUUUUUCCCAAAAAGCGUAUGUAUAUAAUUUCCGCAUAUUCACCGAAUUUCCGAGUUCCAGGUUUCUCUGUCCUCCACCCACCACCGAAGAUCGUAUUCUUUCGGUCUUCUCCCCACCCCCACUCUACUGCUCUCUCGAGGUGAAAAUCUCAGUAUAAAAAAUCCAGUUUAUUCAAAUUGAAGAGGGAGGGUACUGGUUCGUGGAGGCAAUAGUACUUCUGCGAGCUUAUGUACUCUCGUCUCCAUUUGCCUGCAUAAUCAUUGACCAAGAACCCUCUAUCUAAAUGCAAGUGAAUCGCUAAACUGCUCUAUCCGCUGACUUGGAAACUUGCUGGGUCGGAUAAUAGAUAAUUAUAAAGAGAUUGGUAGGAGUUGGCGCAAUGGGUGCUGUCUGCUGCUGUUUGAGUGUGGAGGAUUAUGAAGACUAUGUUAAUCCAAAUAGUUCAUUAUAUAGGAAUUGCACCUGUCUUAGUUGCUUCAUUCAGAACUUUUUAAAUGCGUACACAUUGAUAUUCCGAAGAGGAGAAGUGCAUUCUGUCUCUUCAUCAAUUCAAGGCACAACAUCUAUGAAUUCUACAGCAUCAACUGAUAACUCUUUAUCUGAAAUGUAUCGCUCACCUCCAAGGCCGUUGCCUUAUGAUGCUGACCCCAGAUACAUCCGCUUGCAGCGAGAUGGAUUAAUUUCUAGGCGAGAGAAGGGGUCAAGCCAUUUACAUGAGGAGUCAGAACCUUUAAGAAGUGAAGUAGAUGCAGAUUCAGAUUCUUUGGACACGCCAGGCAAGUGGAAUGGAUCUGCUUGUCUUGAUGAAUCUAAAGAAAAUCUUGGCAAGUCAUCUCUUAAGUUUCCUUCAACAAAGUCUACCACUGGAGUUGGGUAUGCUUAUACAUCGUCUGAAGAUGAGGAUGUUUGUCCGACGUGUCUUGAAGAAUACACUUCAGAGAAUCCCAAGAUAAUGACACAAUGUUCUCAUCAUUUUCACCUUGGAUGUAUCUAUGAGUGGAUGGAGAGAAGUGAUAACUGUCCAGUUUGUGGCAAGGUAAUGGCAUUCGAUGAAACGACCUGAUGUCGCGGACGAAGCCAGCAACACCUUGGGCAUAACCAACAGGAACGUGGUCAUUUGUGAAUAUUGCAGGAUAAGAUUUGAGUAAAUAUUAUCAAUGAAAGUAUAACCAAGGUUGUCUUCUUUAUCCAUUCUGUUUCCUCUUUUCUUCUUCUUCUUUCUUUUGGAAGAUUAUUUCUUCUAAGUUAUACUGUUGAAACUGAUGUUUCACCAAAAUAUCAUCUUAUAGGGAAGAAAAAUAGGGGUUGUGAUGACUGAGAAACCAUUCCAUUCCUUCCAUGUUUGGUUUCUUUCUUUUAUUUUCUUGGAGUGAAAUGUGUUCACCUUUCAAUCA